AGACUCUGAGCUCUGUCGAAUCUCGAUGUCGCGCGUCGAAUCUCGAAACUUUGAAAAUGAAUACUAUUGGGGAUCAUGGUUCAUAUACUAAUUAUCGUGAUUAUAAUGGUACUGAUGGAGUCCAGACUCGUACAGCUGACGGCCUGCAUCACCAGAGCCCCCGAUGUCAUACAUCUGCACUCCACCACCAACUCGAAAAUCCUGAGACAUACUAGCGAGAGGUCUACCAACCGGUGUAAAGGGAGGGUGAAGAACAGGUGGAGACCGAGGUACAGAAUGGUGCAUUGGAUAAUAUGGAGGUGCAUAGCCAGGUGGGGGCAGAUCCAUGCCUGACAUUGAGGAGUGAGUGACAGGCGGCUGUGGUGGAUACCUGGAUGGUUGGUGAAUUGAAUUUGGGGGAAUUAUAUCUUGCGGGAAUUCAGGAGCAACAUUAUUGUCAUUUUCGAGACGGUGCCUGCGAGAACGGGGGGAUUAAAUAAACCCUCAUAGCGUUGAUUUUUCUCGAGUUCCGGGUGGUCGUUGAAGUGCUGUAAAAUUCGCUGUAAGGAUGCGAGAAUGAGAU